AGAGAACACUGAGAUAAUCAAACACACCCUCAUACAUGCACCCAGGGAACACCAGUCACUGCCCACUCUCUACGGUCCGUCUCUUCUGAGCCUAAUUCACUCCCUGAAUCUUCUUCUCUUGCGGUUUUCUUGAUAGGGACGGAUAGAAACCAGGAUCAUCCAGCCGUCUGUGUUUCUUGACAACUCAAGCUGGAGAAGAGAAGGUGGAAGAUGAUGGAAGCAAGGCCCAGAUGGACCCCACGGUGGCCGGAUUGGCGGCUCUCUGUUUGUGUGCUGCUUUUCUGUAUGUUUGGGAUGGCGGUGGGCCGCAGGGCUCCCAAAACCCCUCGGUGUCCAGCCACCUGCUCCUGUACUAAAGACAGCGCCUUUUGCGUGGACACCAAAACCAUUCCCAAGAGUUUCCCGCCAGGAAUCAUCUCCCUGACUAUGGUGAACGCUGCUUUCACAGAGAUUCCUGAAGGAGCUUUUUCUCACAUGCACCUACUGCAGUUCCUGCUGUUGAACUCAAACACAUUCUCACUGAUUUCUGAUGAUGCUUUCGCCGGUCUUGGACACCUGCAGUACCUAUUUAUUGAGAACAACGACGUCCAAGCUCUGUCAAAGCACACAUUCAGAGGACUGAAGUCUCUGACACAUCUGUCUCUGUCCAACAACAACCUGCAGGUCCUUCCCAGAGAUCUCUUCAAACACCUGGACAUCCUCACUGACCUAGACCUGCGAGGGAACUCGUUCCGUUGUGACUGUAAGAUCAAAUGGCUGGUUGACUGGAUGGAGAAGAGCAACACUUCAGUUCCUGCCAUAUACUGCGCCAGUCCUUUUGAGUUCCAGGGUCGACGCAUCCAUGACCUUACACCACGCGACUUCAACUGCAUCAGCGCAGAUUUUGCGGUGUAUGAGACAUACUCAUUCCAGUCCCUGUCUGUGGAGUCAUACGAGUUUAGCGCUGACCAGUAUGUAGUUUACUCUCAGCCCAACACUGGAAUCUGCACCGUGUUCAUUUGGGAUCAUGUGAACAUGCUUUUCAAGACACAUUACAACAUCACAUCUCGUUCGGCUGUGUAUUGUAAACCUGUGGUUAUCAACAACACUCUCUACAUGGUUGUGGCUCAGCUCUUUGGAGGAUCCCACAUCUACAAAUGGGAGGAAGGUCCAUUGCGUUUCGUCAAAAUCCAGGACAUCGACACCACCCGUGUCCGUAAACCCAACUUCAUCGAGACAUUCCAGAUUGAAGGAGACUGGUAUUUCGCAGUAGUUGACAGCUCUAAAGCCGGAUCCACCAGUUUGUACCGCUGGAACAGUAAUGGCUUUUACUCACACCAGUCCCUCCAUCCCUGGCACAGAGACACUCACAUCGACUUCCUAGAGGUGGACGGCAAACCUCGACUCAUACUCUCUAGUGCCUCGCAGCCCCCGGUGGUGUAUCAGUGGAACCACAGCCAACGCCAGUUUGCCUACCACUCUCAGAUCACCGAAUCAGGCGAUGUGCAGAUGGUCAAGCACUUCUGGGUUCGAAAAGUGCUGUAUCUCUGCCUCACGCGCUUCAUUGGAGACUCGAAGAUCCUGCGGUGGGACAACCAGCGCUUCGUAGAGAUUCAAACCCUGCCGUCACGGGGCUCAAUGGCUGUGUAUCCGUUCAGCGUUGGAGUGAGGCAGUACCUUCUGCUGGGAAGCGAUUAUUCGUUCUCUAGGAUCUAUCUGUGGGAUGAGCUCAUUCAAAGAUUUCAGCCCUUCCAGGAACUCAACAUGCUCGCGCCUCGAGGCUUUAGCUUGAUCUCUGUUGACAAUAAGGAUAUUCUGUUAGCGGCCAGUUUUAAAGGAAAGACCAUGGCCUACCAGCAUCUAGUGGUGGACCUCAGUGCCAAAUAGGCAGCUGGAGUGGUUUUGUAUAAGUGCGUAAAUGCCAAGAAGUGCAAAACUUUUCUGCAUCUGCAUUAACACAUGAAUUGAUUCUAUCAUUGCUAAAUACUCAUACACAAGUUACUGUGUAAGCCAUCACCAACUCAAUAAAUAUAUGUUAAACUUUAAACUGAUUACCAAUCUUUGGGUCUUUAAAUAGACAAAAUUAGUGCUGUCAAAUGAUUAAUCACGAUUAAUUACGUCCGGAAUAAAAAAUUUUUUUA